AUGAGCGAGUACAUCAAGAUCCCUGGUAAUCCCACGCAGUUCUUUGUCGUGUGCCUAGACAGGGCAUCGUCCACUGCUGUUCACCCAACCUCGCCGAGUGCCCGCGAUGAAACGAACGAUGCGAUGCGUAAGGGGUUCGAGGAGGAACUUGAUCUACUCAAGAAGCGUGGAGAGCUGGGGUAUUGCGAGAACUUGAUCAGCUCGAUCGCGGGCAUGAUCUACUACUCGUUCCUCAAGAUCUACAAAGACGGGGAUCGCUUCCUCGUCCAGGCGCGCCGGUCGACAUUCGUGCAGAAGGAGAACURUUGGACUCCGGAUGAGCGCAUGCAGUGGAUUCUCUCCAACCUUUUCACCAACAAGAAGAUCUGCAGCAACGUCUUACACGGCGGAGAUUAUAUCGAUGAGUUCGUUGCAGCACCGUACAGCAGUUCAACGACAAUAUCCAAUGCCAAGAGAAGCAACGAGAACAAGGUGGAGGAGAAGAAGCUUUUCGAUGAGGAAGGCGAGGAUGGGCAGCCCAAUCCAUCCGACAAUGUACAGCGAGAGCGAGAUGCCGCCAAGGUGAAGAAUGGGAGCGUUGGUCUCAAAGCCAGCGACGCAACGCAGAGCAAUCCCGAAAUCCAGCCAACAAAGGCGCUUACCAAGAAGAAGCCUCGGAUGGUGCAGAACGAGGGUAACAAUACCGCCGGUCGUCCAUGA